AUAAAUUAUCUAAGGAGUAUUUCCAAAGGUUGACUUUGAAUCCACAACAACAUACCGUUAGGUUGAGCGAUUUCUUCAUCACUUAGGCCAUUUUCAAAGACGAGAAAAUUCUGGUUAAAGAUACGGUGCGGGAAACGGAUCUCCUCUUCAAUGAGUACUCGCAGUUGAAAGGACAAGUGAAGAAGAAGAACCCGCUGCCCCCAGAUCCUUCACUACGCGAAUAGAGGAGAAAUGGCGAGAGAGAGAACUAAUCGGAACGAAUAGAAGAAAGAAAAGAGAGUGCAAAACCCUAGUCUGAUCGCCACCGCCGCCCGCCAGACUCCACCGCCGCGCCGCCAUAUCUGGGUCGCUUCCACUCUCCUCCCCAAAUCUCGAAUCGAAAAGAUUCGUUGGUUUGAAGGGUAUUUUUGAUCUCCCAAAGGAAAUGGUUACACAUGGUGAAGAAUGAGCCGCGGAGUAAAUUAUGUGAUCAAUGGUUAAACGAUUGUUCAGUAAUAUACUCCUUAUGUUGAGAGACAUGUCUAUUCCACCAUUAAUGAUGAUGUAAGCAUAGAUUACUUUCAAUAUAUGAAAGCUAGAUUAGUCCAUUUACAUAGUACGUAGUAAUGUAUUUUUUUUAGUGCUAUUGACUCGAUUACAAUGUAAUAUAUGUUCUUACUUUUCUCAAUCAAAUGAUGCACAUGGAGUCAACGCCUCCGCCUCUGCUGUGGUUUGAACCUCAGUGAACCUCUCCCAUGAAUCCUGGGGAGUGGGCUUCGUACACUCAAGCAAGGGGAGAAGUUCUAUGUAGCAAAAGAAUCAUUUUUUUAUGGUUUAUUGCUAGAAAUAAUGAACUAGCUCAUGUCGGAGACUCGAAGGGUUCAAGAGAGCAUGGAAACGAACGAAGCAACGCGGGUUCUAGACAAGUUCAUAGUUGGGCCAGUGCCUACCCUAAUUUACGUUCCCAACUUCAUUUCAGACGUGGAAGAAGAACAGCUUGUGAAGAACAUUUAUGGAGCUCCCGUUUCCAAAUGGAAGUCGUUACAAAACAGGAGGCUACAGAACUGGGGAGGCGUUGUACAUGAGAAGGGGCUUAUAGCCCAAGACUUGCCUCAUUGGCUCACCCGAAUCACUCGGAGGGUCCAAGACGAAUCCGGAGGCCUGUUUCCUUCUGCCAUUAAUCAUGUCCUCAUCAACGAAUACCUCCCUGAUCAAGGCAUAAUGCCACACCAGGAUGGACCUGCUUAUUACCCGCUCGUAUCCAUUCUCUCUCUCGGGUCACCCGUUGUGAUGGAUUUCGACCCGCACCCGAAUCUGAAACGCAGCACGGACACAGCUUCUCCUUCUUCUUCUUUUUCCGUUUUGCUGAGCCCCCGCAGUCUUUUGAUUUUCAUGGACAAGGCGUACUCUGAAUACUUGCACAGCAUUAAAGACAGUGCCGUGCACCAAUGUAGCACGGCUGUGAAUGUGACCAAAAAUGGUGCUAGAGAUGGCGACGGUCCUUUGGGUAACUACAGGCAGCAAGCGGGCGGUGGAGAGGGUGAUACCGGUGACACGGUUGUUAUCCGACGGACUAAUACCAGACUAUCUCUCACCUGCAGGCUUGUGACCAAAGUUCACAAGAAUUUGUUAAGGCUUUAGAAAUUGUGAACCUUUUUUUGGGUUAAGCAAUGGAUAUGUUAAGGUUAUUUAUGCAUAUUAGGUUUCAUUGUACCAUGUAGAUCAAAGUUUAUUUUACUCUGUAAUAGUCCCCUUGUCCCUGAAUAUUUGCUCAUUGUUGACUUUUUUGGGUCAAAAUUGGCAAAUUUUUACCACAAACUAAAUUAAAGUAAUAUUA